AUGGCUAAUGACGUCCGCAAUCACACGGAUAAUUCUGCACUCUUCCUCCGCUACACAAUUCACCCACUCACUCCUGACUCCCAUCCUCAUAUCCCAAACAGAGAAGCCCCCACGCUGAGCAUAUCUCAAGUGAAGGCGGAGAUUUUUUAUGCUCACAGUGUGUCAAACUUUUCUCUGCCAGAAUUGCUUGUGGAGAAACUAAUUUAUCUCUCCAACCCGGACAACAUCCACGAGGCUGUUCUCCAGGCCAUUGAUGCGGGAAGUACCAACAUAGCGGAAGUCUCUCUCAGACAUCCGCGCUAUCUGGAGACCUCAAAACGCAUGCGCAGAAUGGGAGACACAGACGGGUUUUUCAAGCCGGAACGAGGGUCUCAGUUUCCCAGCUACGUCACGCCGCUCAAUCUGGCAGCACAGAAGAACCAGUUUGUCAUUGUCCAGCUUUUACUGCAGAGAGGUGAAAUCAUCUGCAAGCCUCACAAGUUUAGCUGCGGCUGUCAAGAAUGUACCAAUAAAAGAAAAUAUGAUCAACUCCGCUCGGCGAAAUGGCGACUGAAUGCGUACCGAGGUCUGGCCAGUGAGGCGUAUAUUUCCCUCUGCAGUAACGAUCCUUUCCUCACAGGGUUCGAACUCUGCGCUGAAAUACAAAAGCUGGCAGACACCGAAUUGAUAUUCAGAAGGGAGUACACAGACCUGGACACUCAGCUCAAAAGUUAUCUGGUCAAGCUCCUGGACCGGGUGUGGACACAGAGGGAGCUGACCGCUGUGCUGGACAAGACGGGUCAUCCCACAGAGGACAAGUUUGAGAGCCUGGCCCGCUUCAGGUUAGCCGUGGAACAUAAACAGAAGUCGUUCGUGUCCCACCCCAACUGCCAACAGAGAAUCGCCCGCUACUGGUACGAGGGUCUCGGAGGUAUGGACACUGCUACUUGGUAUAAGCGGCUCGCCUUCCUCUUCUCCGGGAUAUUCCUCUACCCCAUCAUGGUCCCCGUCUUCCUCGUCAUGCCAGACUCAAAGCACCCCUCACGUAUGUUUCUCAGCACACCGGUAUCCUUUCUCUUCUCGUCACCCCAACAGGUUGGCAAAAUCCUCCGACUCCCGGCUGUGAAGUUCAUAAGCCACAUCAUCUCCUACAUCGUUUUCCUCAUCCUCAUCAUCAUCUCUAGCAUCGAGAGUGUUGGCCUUAUCUCCAAGACCAAUACGCUGGGUUCCAACUUCCCCAAGGCUUACCAGCACUACACUCGCUUCCGUAAUGUUACCGGAAAUGACGUCUACGGCUAUGACUUCCCACUACGUCGCCAUGAGCCGCUAGUCACAGACUACAUGAUCUCUCUUUGGAUCAUGGCAAUGAUAAUCCUUGAAUGCCAAGAGAUGUGGGACGUCGGCUAUAAGAUUCACUUUGACAACGUGUACAACAUGGCUGACUUCGUGUUGCUCUCCGUCUACACGGCCACCUUCACACUCAGAUAUUACGUUGUCUACAAGUGGAAUCAGGGCCUGGACGGUCUAGAGGCGGGCAAGGCCUUGGAGAAGCACCCGCGAAUCACGGAGGAAUACGCCUACUGGCUCAAUGCAGACCGCCGGUUCUGGUCCAGCACAGACCCCGAGAACAUGGCGGAGGGUUUGUUCGCAGUGGCCAACAUCGUAAGCCUGCUGAGAAUCUCCUACCUUCUGCCAGCCAACCAGACACUGGGGCCCUUACAGAUCUCUCUGGGUCGUAUGGUCAAUGACAUUCUGAAGUUCGUGGCUAUAGUGAUCAUUGUGUUCUCAGCCUUCAUGGUGGCACUCAGGAACUUGUUCGCCUACUACAGUAACAGAGACAACAUUGAGAUGAACAGCUCAAGAAUAGCCACGCCUUUGGCCGUAGAAUUCUACGCCUUCAUGGUGGCACUCAGGAACUUGUUCGCCUACUACAGUAACAGAGACAACAUUGAGAUGAACAGCUCAAGAAUAGCCACGCCUUUGGCCGUAGAAUUCUACGGCGAUGAACGGUCAAUGUUCCAGACCGUGUUCUGGUCAAUCUACGGUCGUGGAAAGCGAGAAGCCGUGACCCUAGGCGCCUACAACAACCAGCUGACGGAGGUGAUAGGCGAGCUUAUCGACGCCAUGUACCACAUCACCAUCGUCAUCGUCCUCCUCAACAUUCUCAUCGCCAUGAUGUCGCGCUCCUUCGAGAAGAUUGCUGAAGAGGCAGACGUCGAAUGGAAAUUCGCCCGCAGCGCCCUCUACAUGGACUACAUCUCAAAGGGGCGUGUCCUUCCGGUUCCCAUGAACAUGUUGGAGAUCCCCCACGAGCUGAUCAAGGUGGUGUUCCGGUGGCUGCUGCAGUUCAAACACAAGACUGAGGAUUUCCCACCAGACGACUUCGACAGGGGGAGACGACCCGCUGCCAACCUGCCCGGCUCAAGACGUGGUGGCAAAGUAUGAUAAUGUGUGUGUGUGUGUGUG